AUGGCUCCUAAGAAAGGUCUAUGGGGAGCUUCUCUCUCCAAACUACGAAAGACGCAACCACGUGAACCAGAGAUCCCCCAUGAGACUACCCUACUUGUUUACAAGCGUCCUGUGUCAAACAGUUCCAGCCUGUAUUCUGAAUCCAUGCUCCCAAUUCCUCUACCAACAGUCAUGACCAUGUUCCCCCCAACUCCUCUACCAACUGUGGCGUCCGAUUCCAAUCUUGACCCUGUGACAAUGGCUUCGACCAUUUCUCAGGCUCGCCUGAAUGCUCUGCAAUCAGGAGAGGACGUCGAUUUAUUUUUCCAACGGGGUAAUGACUGUAUUGAUGCUUAUGCCCAGGCCACCAAGGCCAUGAUGGAGAAUGCCUGUGCGCGUGUCAAGGAUGGAGAGGACCCUCCAUAUGAAGAGAUCGAACAGUUGAAGGAACGUUUCUUCAGAUACUGCCAGUCAAUUGUGGAGGAAGCAUUGUCCCUGCUUUCUCAUACUGCCAACAACCCCCGGCGGGUUGAAGUUUCCAGCAAUUCGACCAUGCCUUCGCUCAUCUCGUCCACUUCAAACACGACUGGUUCUGAGCCAAAAAUGCCCUUGCAAUCUAGCUCAUCUGGCAGAUCAGGAUUUUCUGAGGCAUUGCUCGCAUCUAGCGGCCGGGGCUGCCUCCGUCUCUACACUGUGAGCAGCGAUGAAUGGGUCAUGGUUCCAUCUAUGCCCUCCCCCACGACUCCAACUAAGGUUGUGGCCCCCGAGAACAUGGACCCUGUUGAGGAAUCCAUUCACCUCGGUGUCAUCGUGCGCAUCUUUGGCAAAUUGUACACUAUGUCAAAGAUCAUGGAGAUAAUCAUCUUGUACUACGGCGCUGAGAACGACGAAUCCGAGACCGGUCUACCAUACUGGAUCAAACGCAGCGAGCAGAACGUGCGCACCCAGAAGAUGGCCGUGCUGAUUGACACUGUCGAGAACCUCUAUUAUACCCUCUAUGCCCGGGUUACCAUUGAGCUGGCCAGCAUUGAGCUUUGCGGUUCCUACCGAGUCGACACUAGUGCAUUGCGAAUCGAGCUUCCAUUCCUCAUGCCAGAGGCAGAUCAUCUCUACCGCAUCGUUCUCGCGUUCAAGGACGUGCUGGACUCUCCAGAGAUUUGCGCAAUCCUUCGAAAAGACGUCAUUGCCCACUUCCAGCAAGGAUACCUCGAUCAGGUCAUCACAAAGAAAAACAAGCCAGAGGCCCCCUGCUUUGACCCCCUCGGAUAUCGCCCGUUUGCGAUGAAAACUGUCUCUUACCGACACGGAUCUUACGGCGAGAAAUGGAAAGAAGUCAUUCCAUUCUUCAAUUUCAUCCCAGCAGAGACCAUGACAACAAUGUCGGAGAAGUAUCUCACCAUGACUCCAGUGACUAUGCCACCUGACGACAUUCCAUUUGAGGGGCUUCCCUGGAUUCUCCCAGAGAAUGUGGGUAUGGCUGUCUGGGACACAAACAUUGUGAGGGAUUACCGCUUGGCUCAUAUCGCCCAGAAAAUGGGCACAACCAUCGGAGAAGAACGCAAGAAGGAGUCCGCCCCUGGCCUUUACCACCUGAUUAGGCAACAAAAAUGCAUUUGCAACUCCAUUUGUUCAUGUUCCUCACAGUGUACCGAAGAGGUGGAGCGCGCCUGUCGCUGUGCGGAGCGACAUGUACGCAUCAUGGCGACCAAGCGUGGUCUUGCCCACAGACGCAAUGGACCUACUUUCGCUGCUACUGCUACCACCACUGCUCGCAUGUUCUUUCAUGGUUUGUCUGAGCUCAGACGUGAUGCUGAGACUGCUGAUAUUACCAUUGAGUUGGACCAAGCUUUCGAACUAUUUUCUCUGUUGAUCUCCACGGAAAGAGAUAUGGCUCUCCGGGAAGAGUCUCAGGCCAGCCUCUAA